CCACUCCGCCCCCGCCGGAAGUAGCCGCAGACGUCGCCGAAGCACUUCCGGUGCCCGCCGCCCCAGUGCGCGCAUGCGCGGUGCGGGCGCGCUGACCUUCAGCGGGGCUGUGGUGGAGCCGCCAUGUUCGCCCGCGGGGCCGCCGUCGCCCUUUACCAGCCACAAUGGGGCCAAGUCAGGAAUAUGGCAACUCUAAAAGACAUUACCAGGCGCUUGAAGUCCAUCAAGAACAUUCAAAAAAUUACCAAGUCCAUGAAGAUGGUUUCUGCAGCAAAAUACGCAAGAGCUGAGAGGGAGCUGAAGCCUGCGAGGGUCUAUGGAACAGGAGCACUGGCUCUGUAUGAGAAGGCAGAAAUAAAGGCACCCGAGGACAAGAAGAAGCACCUCCUUAUCGGUGUGUCCUCUGACCGAGGUCUGUGUGGUGCUAUCCAUACGUCUAUUGCUAAAACCAUGAAGAACGAGAUUACCAACCUCUCGAAUGCAGGGAAAGAAGUUAUGGUGGUUGGAGUAGGUGACAAGAUCAGAGGUCUGCUUCAGAGGACACAUGGCAACUACUUCCUGCUGACAUUCAAAGAAGUGGGACGGAGACCUCCAAGCUUUGGAGAUGCCUCGGUCAUUGCCUUGGAGCUGUUAAACUCUGGGUAUGAAUUUGAUGAAGGCUCUGUCAUCUACAAUCGGUUCAGGUCUGUCAUCUCCUACAAGACAGAUGAAAAACCCAUUUUCUCUCUUGAAACAGUUGCUGGUUCUGAAAGCCUGAGCAUCUAUGAUGAUAUUGAUGCUGACGUGCUGAGAAACUACCAGGAAUUUACACUAGCAAAUAUUCUGUACUACUCCCUGAAGGAAUCCACCACCAGUGAGCAGAGUGCUAGGAUGACCGCUAUGGACAACGCCAGCAAAAAUGCUUCUGAGAUGAUUGACAAAUUGACCCUGACAUUCAACCGUACCCGUCAAGCCGUCAUUACUAAGGAGCUUAUUGAGAUCAUCUCUGGUGCUGCUGCUCUGGAUUAAUCGGAAAAAAAGCGGUUCAGCCAAAUCCAAGAGGUGAAGAAGAGCUGUUCUGAUCAUAUGGUUUAACCUGCCUGUGUUAACAAGACUGCUCUGUUAUUUUGUGAAGAAGUGGUAAAGUCCCAGAAAUCUGUAAAUUCUUAAAAUAAACCACCUACAUGAAACAAA